AUGGCACCCGGCCGAAAGUCCAAGACCCAUCGACCCCCGCCGCCAUCGAGGACACUUGUACUGGACAAUGGCGCCUACGCGAUAAAAGCCGGGUUCGUGGCGGGCGAAGCUGUUGACGAGCCCCGUGUCAUACCGAAUUGCAUUGCCCGCGAUCGCGACCGGAAAACCUACGUUGCCUCGGACCUCGACCAGUGCAAAGACUUCAGCGAGGCUGCCUUCCGCCGGCCCGUGGAGAAGGGCUUCGUGGUGAACUGGGAGGCCGAGAAGGAGAUCUGGGAGCACGAGUUCUUCGACGACAAGGCCCCCCAGCAAUGUGAUCCCUCCGAGACGCGGUUGUUGCUCGCAGAGCCUUCCAACUCGCUGCCCAUCCUGCAGGCCAAUUGUGACCAGAUGGUGUUUGAGGAGUUUGGCUUCGCUAGUUAUUAUCGGGGCAUUGGUCCAUCGUUCAACGCCUAUCACGACGUACAAGCCAUCCUUCGCACGCCGAGAGACCCCGAGACCGUGGCCCAGCUUCCCGCCGAGAUCGUCCUGCUGAUCGACACUGGGUACUCGCAUACCACCGUCACCCCGAUCCUCCAAGGCAAGCCUAUCCACCCCGCCGUUCGCCGGCUCGACGUGGGAGGGAAGUUCAUGACCAACUACCUCGCUAGACUGCUCUCUCUUCGUCAUUACGACAUGCGCAACGAAUCGUACAUUGUCAACGGGAUGAAGGAGGCGGCCUGCUACGUUUCUCUUGAUUUCAAUGGCGACCUGGAACGAACAUGGAAGGGCACACGGGGCGAAAGACGGGACACCUACAUCGGUGGCGGAGGGAUCGCUAAGGACUAUGUGCUGCCGGAUUUUCACACGAGGUCCAGGGGCAUAGUGCGUGACUUUGACCCGUCGCAGGCGUCGAGGGCGAAGAAGAUGGCCGCGGGCGAGACCAGCGAAGACGUUCUGACUCUCAGAAACGAACGCUUCACCGUCCCCGAGCUCCUCUUCCACCCUUCAGACAUUGGCAUGCGUCAGUCUGGCAUCGCAGACCUGGUGUUUCAGUCAUUGCGGGUUCUCCCAUUCGGGCUAUGGCCUGGGCUUCUUGCCAACAUCCUUGUUGUCGGAGGUAACGCACUCUUCCCAGGCCUCGUCGAGCGACUUCAAAAGGAGAUCGUGAAGCUGGUCCCGGAUGAUUGCGUCGUGCGUGUGGCUCGGCCACCAAACCCCAUAACUUGCACUUGGUCCGGCGGUGCCACGCUCGCCCAGCACGAACACAUUAACACGCUUUCAGUGACGAAGCAGGAGUACGAGGAGCAUGGUGCGGCUUGGGUAGCCCGAAAGUUCUCGACAUCAGGCCUAGAUUCAUGA